AAGGGCAGAUUGACGGUCCAGAUUAUUCACCACGCUCUUCGCUACCCAACCAAACUCACCUGUUGAGUCACUCUCAGUGUCAAACUCUCUUAUGCGAUUGGCCCAUCAAUGGCGAAACGAAAGAGUAAGCUCGUUCCAGAAACAAUCCCAAUCGACAGCGCUAUUUCGAAUUCAGAGGUUUUAGGUCAUCAAAUAUCAGAGCAUACUAUGUCUUUGUGUGAAAAGAUGACUAAAGAAGAAGCCGAAGACACAAGUAGUAGUUUUGCAUUAAGUUAUCCAUGUCAACAAUUAAAUAGGAGAGUUAAACCUAAGAAUGCCAUCUCAAAGAAAAAGAAGCUAGAUAGUGGAGCUUUUGAAUCUCAGCUUGGGAACUUAUGGAGCUUUUCAGAAGAUGAGAGGACCUCCUUUGCUUACCUUGACUGCUAAUGUUUUGCCUCGUAUUUGAAACCACCCCAUAAAGACAAGGUGCUAACAUGGAUUAAGAGGAAGCACAUUUUUUCCAAGAAAUAUGUUUUUGUUCCUAUUAUUUGCUGGAGUCAUUGGAGCCUGUUGAUCUUCUGCCACUUUGGUGAGAGCUUGCAAUCAAAAACCAGAACACCGUGCAUGCUGUUGCUGGAUUCACUUGAAAUGGGAAAUCCAAGGUGGCUUGAACCAAAUAUAAGAAAGUUUGUAUUGGACAUUUAUGAAGCAGAGGGCAUGCCUGAGAAUCGGGCUUCUGUUCAUCGAAUUCCUCUCUUGGUGCCAAAGGUUCCUCAACAAAGAAAUGGUGAGGAAUGCGGCCAAUUUGUUCUCUACUUCAUGACGUUGUUCAUGAAGGGCGCCCUAGAGGGUUUUAGUAUUGAGGAUUAUCCUUACUUUAUGAAAAAAAAACUGGUUUACUCCCGAAGGCUUGGAUAGCUUCUGCCAGAAACUUGACUCCUUGAAGAAAGGAAACUGAUGAGUAUGUUCAACCAACCCAUUUUCAAAAUCUCAAGCGGAUGAAUAGAUGUAUUGAGAAAGUCUUUCAUUUGACUAAGCUUUGGUAGAUGAAUGACACACGGCAAGCACCUCUUGUCUUCCACACCGUCCUCCAAAGAAUAGAUUGGCAAUGGAAGCAAUGACAAAUAAAUAGGUUGCAUCGAUUGAAUGGCUUGAUAGCUAUAGGCUCUGCUAGCGUAUUACAGAUUGCUUGGUUUAAGUUUACUGUUGCGAGGCAAUUGGCUUGUCCAUAGAUUUAAUUCUUGGUCGUGUUUUGUCAAUGAGGUAAAUAAUACAUGUAGUUAACGGUGCUGAAAGUUUUGACUUGCCGUUUGGCUUUUGUU